GGGCUCGGGCCGCCGCCGGCCUCCCUAUAAAGCGGCCGCCUCCAGCCGCCCGGCUGCUGAUCCGGCUCCGCGGGGGAAGGAACGAGAUGGUCAGCCCGAGCGCCGCAGCAAAAUGCUGGAUGGACACCGCCUGCUCCGCUGGCUCUUCUUCUCCUCCGCCUCCUGCGCGCUCCUAGUGCUGCUGCUCGCCGGCGCCCCGGGACCGUCCCUUGCCUACUUCGGGUUGACUGGGAAUGAACCCCUGACCAUCCUCCCUCUGACUUCAGAAAUGGAGGAAGCUGCCGUCAAGGCCCAUUACAAAGUCUGUGACCGCCUGAAACUGGAGAAGAAGCAGCGGAGGAUGUGCCGGCGAGAUCCCGGUGUGGCCGAGACCCUGAUGGAGGCCAUCAGCAUGAGCGCCCUCGAGUGCCAGUACCAGUUCCGCUUUGAGCGGUGGAACUGCACCCUCGAGGGGCGCUAUCGGGCCAGCCUUCUGAAGAGAGGUUUCAAGGAGACAGCCUUCCUUUACGCCAUCUCUUCGGCAGGACUUACGCAUGCCAUGGCCAAGGCCUGCAGCGCCGGGCGGAUGGAGCGAUGCACCUGCGACGAGGCCCCCGACCUAGAGAACCGGGAGGCCUGGCAGUGGGGUGGCUGCGGCGACAACCUCAAGUACAGCAACAAGUUUGUCAAGGAGUUCCUGGGGAAGAAGUCCAACAAGGACCUGCGAGCCAGGGUGGACUUCCACAACAACCUGGUCGGCAUGAAGGUCAUCAAAGCUGGCGUCGAGACCACCUGCAAGUGCCACGGCGUCUCUGGAUCCUGCACCGUCCGGACGUGCUGGCGGCAGCUCUCCCCGUUCCACGAAAUUGGCAAGCAGCUGAAGCAGAGGUACGAGAUGGCCCUCAAAGUGGGCAGCACGACCAACGAGGCCACCGGCGAGGGGGACAUCUCCCCGCCCAAGAAGUCCAUCCCGGGCCACGGCGACCAAAUCCCACGGACUACGGACCUCGUCUACAUUGACGACUCGCCCAGCUUCUGCCUGGUGAGCCGCUAUUCGCCUGGCACGUCGGGCAGGAAGUGUUACAAGGACAAGAACUGUGAGAGCAUCUGCUGCGGCCGGGGGCACAACACCCAGAGCCGCGUGGUGACCAGGCCCUGCCAGUGCCAGGUCCGCUGGUGCUGCUACGUGGAGUGCAAGCAGUGUACGCAGAGGGAGGAGGUCUACACGUGCAAGGACUGAUGUGGCGCACGAGAGGGGUCUUGCACACCAG